CAAUACUGUAAUUAUUUUUUUUCAGUGUUUUCAGUUAUGAGUGGAAGUGAUCAACCAUGGAUACCAUUAAGUAUCAUGUUAUCAAUGUAUGGCAGUAGAAUAACCAGUAAGCUGUUGUUCAGAUAUCCAUACAAUAAAUCUCAAAGUGAUACUCAGCCAUUGUCUUCCUACAAACAACUGACAUCAUCAACUUUUCAUCUAAACAGGCAACAUGGGUCAGUGUCUGAUGAUUCGGACGAUGUAAAAAAGGCACCAAGAAAUGAAGCAGAGCAGUUGGAUUCUUUCAGUGAUGAACUACUAGCAACUAUACUCAGUCCUGGAAACACCAAGAUUUGUGGAAAAAAGUUUGACCUAAAGACGAAUGGAAUCCGUUUUGUAGGUUUCCCUUUGGUUAUUGACCAAUUCAGCAGUGUAUUAUCAAAGUUUGAUAUUUUGGAAAAAUAUAGGCAACACAACAAAGAGCAUGAAGGUUGUAAGAAAAAGGAAGAUUCUACACUUUUGUCAUUCAACAUUGUGUUUGUAUUAAAAGCGGUAGCGGAGUACACCAUAGUUGAAAAGUACCAAGAGUUGGCACUACAACUUGGUCUUGCCUUGCGAUUUGAAGAAAAAUGUUCCGAUUACUUGACCCACGAAACAAGGCUUAUGCUGUCAGUGCAUGACGAGAUGUCCUUAGAAUCUGAGUGUAUGGCAGAGCCUGAACACGCCUAUAAAACUAUAUUAGAAAAAUCCCACCUGGCCGACCAGCUUCACAUCAUAUUCAAUAGUAUUUGUCAAACAGGUAUCCUGUCUGUUAAAGUAAACAAUUCAACACAUAUUAGUUUUUGUUUGCCUCACAAAGUUCAUAAUAUGGCUUCGUAUGGACAAAAUACAAUAUCUGUUUCUUUCAUUGAAAAAGCUAUAGAAAAAAUAAGGCCAUAUCAUGGCAUUCUCAUAUUUGACAAAAAGGAAAUAUGGUCGACUUUACCAGAUGAUUAUACUCCAUCUCUUACAAGAUUAUUAACAGUUUACGAACCAACAAAAUCGCUCCAAUGUACUGCAUCUGAUGCAGAUUUGCCGCUAACUCAAAUUUAUACCUUAACGUCACAAUUGGUAUAUUGGGGUAAAGCGUGUAUUAUAUAUCCGCUAUGCGAUUCAAAUAUCUAUGUUAUUGCGCCAUCAGCAGAACUAAAUCCAAAUUCAGAAGCAGCGAGAUCUUUUUACAUGAGGUUCAACCAUGAUAUGGUGGAUGUGUUGUCAAAUUUUUCACUACCAGUUCGUCUCAGUGAUUUCCAAACUCCACACGGACUAUUUUAUGGUGAAGAAGAUAAGCUAGCUCAAGUUGUGUUUUGGCUCUUGCAACAUCGGUUUUUAAUACAAAUGCACACUUUUAUAUAUUUCUGCCCUGUUGAGGCUGACCAACAGUCUACUAUGAGCGAGCAGAAGCCUCCGAUUCAAAAUAUAGAGACUCGUUCAAUUAUUGCAGGAUUGCCCUGGAAGCAAAGGAAAGCAAUUAUGGAUGUCCAUGCAUCCAAUAGCGCUAAAGAUUUGAGAUUAUUUAUAAAUUUGUUGAAAUAUUUUGAUGGAAACUGUCACAUGGAAGAAAUAAUGUAUAAUGAAAAUUUAUCAAGAACUCAGUUGCUGGCUUUGUUGGAUAAAUUUUCACCUGUUUUAUUAACAACUUCAAGGGAAGAUUCAACUACUGCUGCAUUUUGUAUGGGUUUGAUAUAGAUUGUCUUCACUUUAUGCAUGCAAUUACAAUUUACAUUUUGAGAAAACUGGUUUACUGAUAACAACCUAUUGGCUAAACUACAUCAACAGCAAGAAUUUGAAUUCGUACCCUAUUUGGAGAUCAAAUUGCCAUUAAUCGAAAUAUAGUUUUCAAAAUCUGAUUAACCAGCUCUAAAACUUAUAUCUCUGUUG